ACAACUCGUUUUCCCAUAAUGCAACAGUCAAGCGGAAACGCUGUGGAGAGUCCAUGGAAACGACAACUGCCUCAGUAGCCGUUAGCUUGCCUGCGGACUGCAGCAAGACUUAAAAAAAAACAAAAAAAACAAAACGGUUUCUCGUCACGAUUUUUGAAAACACAAACAUGAUUCGGACUCCUACUUUAAGAGCCAGAGACAACCAGACAAAGAAGAUCCAAGACAACAUCACCAGGGUGGAGAAACACUUCGGAGAGAUGUGCCAGCUGUUUGCGGCGUACACUCGCAAAACCGCCAGGCUGCGAGACAAGGGGGACCUUUUGGUCCAGCAGAUAGCAGUUCAUGCCGACACAGAGACUCCAGACCUCAAGAGGGGAAUGAAGGAGUUUGCUGACCACCUGGCCAAGAUUCAGGACUACCGCCAUGCCCAGGUGAAAAGACUUGAGGCCAAAGUUGUGGAGCCAUUAAAAACUUAUGGCGCUGUGGUAAUACGCAAAAGAGAGGAUGUGAAAAUGACCCAAAGUGCCAUAGAUAAAGAAGCCAAACAGGAAGCUCAGCUCGAGAAAACAAGACUGAAAAACCCCUCUGACAGACAGAUCAUUUCUCAUGCUGAAAGUGAAUUACAAAAAGCCACAAUGGAUGCAGCACGGACCACCAAGCAGCUGGAGGAGACCAUCGAUGAGUUUGAGCGGCAGAAGAUCCGUGACAUCAAGAAAAUCUUCAGUGAGUUUGUGACUGUGGAGCUGUGCUUCCUUGGGAAGGCCUUGGAGCUGUACACCUCGGCCUACCAAAGCAUUCAGAGUGUGGACGAGGAGGCGGACUUGGAGGUUUUUAGGAGUUCGCUGCACCCCCUUGACUAUAACUCCCGUUUGGGCCGAACUAAUUCCAGAACGUCCCUUGAUCGAACCUUCAUGAGUACAUCUGGAACCUCAAAGCAACAAGGAGCUUGCGGCCGUCUGACGAGAAGAGAGGAGGAGGCAGACGACGAUGAGGAGGAUGAAGAUGGGUCUGAAGAGGAGGAGGGCGAGGAGGAUGAAGAGGAGGACACAGACAAUGAGCAUUAAAACUACUGGUCAAAUAGAAACUAAAGUGUCCUCGCCACUUUGACAUGGGGGCAUUUUGGUGAUGUUCUAAGAUUUCAUUCCAGCUUUUGUAAAAUAUUUUUAUUUUUAACUGUGUUAAAUUUAUGUUUCUGAAGUAAAAAAAAUGUACAUCUUUGCUUUUUUUAAUGACAGCUAUAACAAGAAGUACAUAGUGUUCCCCAUCUCUGCAUAAAAAGUCUUUAAAGAGCA